GGCUGCGCUUCACUGGCGUAUACAAUUGCGCUUCAGCUACAUUUUCGCAUUCUUUGUUACAACAACAAGCAGAUCGCGCGUUUGCAUUGCAUUGAGGAUAAUAAGCGAGUGUUGAGGGAAAUUUUCUUUGAAAUAGAGUGUGCACAAAACCAGUUCGUGUGAGUCAUCGUCCCGUUUUCAUAAUGGCCGACAGCCCCAACGAAUCUCUUGAUCAGGUAGGACCACAAGGCAACGUCUCGGACUCGACCGAUGCCUUCGGCUCUAACAGCAGCAGCAGCAACGCCCAUACUGCUAAUAAUUACAGCUACGGUAGCGGUGCCAUUGGCCAGCUAGCCAAUGGUUGCAAUAAUCCAUCUUCAUCGUCGGUCUAUCAGAGAUAUGUGGCCAGAAUGGUGACGGAGCGGCAUGCAGCCGAAUACAAUAUGCGUCACAAGCAUCGAGGCAUGGCCCUGAUCUUCAAUCACGAACACUUUGAGGUGCCGACGCUGAAAUCGCGAGCAGGCACGAAUGUUGAUUGUGAGAAUCUGGUACGCGUGCUCAAGCAGCUGGAUUUCGACGUGACUGUGCAUAAGGAUUGUCGCUUCAAGGAGAUAAAGCGACUGAUUGAUUGGGCUGCAUCGCAGGAUCACAGCGACAACGAUUGCAUCCUGGUGGCUGUUCUCUCACACGGCGAGCUCGGCUACAUCUACUCCAAGGACACACAGUACAAGCUGGACAACAUUUGGAGUUGCUUCACAGCUAAUCACUGCCCCUCUCUUGCCGGAAAGCCAAAGCUCUUCUUCAUCCAGGCUUGCCAGGGCGAUCGUCUGGAUACAGGUGUCACAAUGGCCAAAACUGAAACGGAUGGCGACUCCUCCAUGAGCUACAAAAUACCUAUACACGCCGACUUUCUCAUUGCCUACUCGACCAUUCCGGGCUUCUAUUCGUGGCGCAACACCACCAGAGGAAGUUGGUUUAUGCAGUCCCUCUGCGCCGAACUUGCCGCCAAUGGCAAACGCCUAGACAUCCUCACUUUGCUUACGUUUGUGAACCAGCGCGUAGCCGUUGACUUCGAGUCCUGCACUCCGGAUACACCGGAAAUGCAUCAGCAGAAGCAGAUACCGUGCAUUACCACCAUGUUGACGCGCAUUUUGCGCUUCAGCGAUAAGCAAAUUUCACCCGCAGGACGUACAUAGGGUCCUAAGCAGGUAGUGUGAUAUAAAAUGGGGUGAUGUACCGUUUUUCUAGGUAAAUGCUGCUUAUCUUAUCAAAUAAUUAGCCAUUAUUAUUAGGUGACUCAAAAUUGGAUCUGCGGGCAUUUUGAUAACUUUAUCUGUCACAAUAACUUCUAAACUGCUAUGACUCUCAAACUAUUAUACCUCUAAACUGUAUCUGUAUGUCGUAAGUAAAAAAGUCUUGUGUUUGUGUGUAACUGUACAGUGCGCGAUCGGUAUAGUGAAUAUUUUAAGAAUUUUACCCAACAUAUUAGUAAAUCUAGUAAAAUGCAUGUAAAUGGUAUUUAGAGUUUUUACCCCAUACCUUGCUAAAAUAAUCAUUUUGGACGUUAGUUUAAAAAAUGACAGAUCUCAAGAACUGUAUGUUAAAUACAUACAUACAUAUCUUUACAUACGAAAUUAUAUACACUUUAUUUGAAUUGUUUUUCAUCAAUUUCGCAGACCAGAACCAACUUAUGUCAUUUUCAAUAGUCGAAUACAUACAUACAUGUUUGGUUCGAUUUGUUAACUAUACCGAAUACGCACUCUAUAUGUGUAUAUUAGCAUUUAUUAGCGCAAGUAUUGCCACAACUCCUGCCUGUCUGUCCAUUUAAUUACGAUCUAUCUAUUAAUAUAAACUUUUAAACUAAAUUAAUACCCGAAAAUUCGGCGGCCAUUUUAAGCAGAAAGCAAAUCAUAUUUUUAUACUUAUUCCCCAUUGGUCAGUUUAUCAAUUAUACAUACAUAUUUAUAUACAUAAUACGCAUAUAUAUAUUC